AUGCCCAGCUGGCUCCCAUGGUCGUCUUCUGGCUCAUCUGACACCAAGAAGCCCACCCCAAUAACCCGAACGGAAGUUGAACACGCAGCAGAGGACCUCACCAAGAAUACCCGCGAUCUUGUAGCCUCGCUUUAUGCACGAGCCGCAGCACUCCCUCCUCCGCUUCUUAUUCUCUCCACCUUCGCACUCGGGGGAACCACUGCUCUAGGCGCGAGAUAUGUGUAUGCGCGAAACUUUAAGCGCGUCGCAAAUGGAGAGUGGGUCACACCGCAAAUGCUCGCGAGGAGGCGAUGGAUCAAAGGCUAUGUUACUAGUGUGGGAGAUGCGGACAACUUCCGACUAUAUCAUACCCCGGGAAUCGGUUGGAGGUGGCCAUUGAAGUUCAGAAGCAUACCCGUCGGGCGAACCGAUCUCAAGGACCAGACGAUACAUAUCCGUCUUGGAGGCGUGGAUGCUCCUGAGGCAGCUCACUUUGGACGCCCGACCCAACCUUACGCCGAGGAAAGUCUCGCUUGGCUGAAGUCUCAAAUUGAAGGCAGAUUUAUAUACUGCCAACUCGUCCGCAAAGACCAAUACGGACGCAUAGUCUCGGCAGUCCACUUGAAGCCUCGCAUAUUGCCGGGCUGGUUAACGACUGGGAGGGAUCUCUCAGUCGAGAUGCUACGGGCCGGGUGGGCAUCUGUAUAUGAGCAGGCCGGCGCCGAAUACGGCAAGUCAGGACUAGACGAAUUCCUCCGGGUGCAGAGCGAAGCACAACGCACUAAGAAGGGCAUAUGGAAGCGUGGCACUCGCGGAGAGACACCCGCAGAGUACAAGAAGCGCUACCGCGAUGCAGCCGCUUCAGGUGAACCCGUCGCAGAAGCCCCCACCGCAGGGAAGGGGACUGCGCCAGAGGCAGGCUGGUUCAGGAGGCUCUUCCGGCUGGGUUCAAGACAAUGACGUAUAUUAUAGCCGCAAGUUGCGGCAGUUUGGCUUGUAUACAUUAAGAGCACUGACGUGGGAAGAAGGGCUUAGUCAUGAUCUCCGCGGUCCGGGCUAUCUCGUCGUCGACGUCGACGUCGCGGCCGUCUAUCUCAAUAUGAAGCUCGGUCAACUCUGUUUUGCG